CGCCGGUUGAUUACGUGCCGCGGUCGGUUGUUGCCGGGAGACGGCUGGUACCGGGUUGUUGGGAUUUGAGAAGCGGCGGCGCCAGUGUUCCGCUGUGAGCCUCCGGGAUCUGCGCUGUGAACAUACAAUCGUUAAAUAUAACCACAAUCAUUACUGGUUGAUGUGAAGAUGAGGCCCCAGCUCCUGACCUGGGAUGUGAAAGGCACUCUACUCCGUGUUCGCCAUUCAGUCGGUGAGCUGUACUCCUCAGAGGCCAAGCUCCACGGAAUCCAGCUGGAGGCCAAAGCUCUUGACAAAUCAUUUCUAGCCAUGCUCCAAAUGCAAGACAAGCUGUUCCCCAACUAUGGCCGAGACCAGGGUCUGAGCUCCCAGCAGUGGUGGAUGGACGUGGUCAAAAAGACCUUCUGUCACUGUGGAGUGAGCAAUGAGCAGGUACUGUCCCCAAUGGCAGUGAACCUUUAUCAUCAGUUCUGCAGUGCUGGCAACUGGCAAGUGUUUAGUGAUGUGGAGAACACACUGAUACACUGCAGGAACCUGGGUAUCAGCAUGGCAGUGAUUUCCAACUUUGAUCGCCGCCUGGAGAAGAUUUUAACCAAUUGUAACCUGCGGCAGUAUUUCAAGUUUGUGUUGACAUCUGAAGAUGUUGGAACCGCCAAGCCAGAUCAACGGAUCUUCGCUGCCGCCCUGAGCCUUGCCCAAGUGGAACCCAAGCAGGCCAUGCACAUUGGAGAUGAUGUGGGAAUGGAUUACCUGGCAGCCAGGGCCAUCGGAAUGGAGAGCUACCUGAUCUGCAGAAGACAGGAGGAACUCUCUGGUGCAAAGGGAUUGGUGCCCAAGUCCCACAUCCUCCAUUCCCUGCAGCAAUUGUGUGGUCUCAUUAACUGAAUGCUUAGUGGUGUUCACGUGCGCAUGUCCAAAUCAGCACUCACUCAAUGAACACUAACAUUCAGAAUUCUGACAGUUAUUGGAAGGCUCAAGUAGGAUUUCUUCCUGCAACAAUUAGCAGUAUGAGCUUGUAUAAACCUGAGUAAUGAGGCAGAGGGGGCCUGUCAGGAUUCCUAGUAGAUGCUCUCCAUCUAGACAAUCAGCAGAGGAAUUCUUAAAAAUUUCUGGUGGUGUGCCAUCAGUUGAUGGCAUUUAUCAAAAAGAAUCCAGCAAUUAACAUUCUGCUGUUGUGGUUUCUUCAUUUUUGAAAUGUUUUUUUUUUCUUUGAUCGGUUUCUCAUAUUCACUGUGAAAAAGUGUUAUUUUACUUUAAAUCAGUGUCUGUACAACCCAUCUCAAUGGAAUGUGAGAUAAAUGUUUUUGCCUGGAAACAUUCACUGGGUAUUAGUGUGUACAGCCAUGCUAACAGAUUGGAAUGGUAAGACAAUAAAUGUUAUGAAGAAAAUGCCUUCUGAGAAAUCGGUGCUCCACCUUAACAGAAUGCACUGAGCUACUGUGGACUUGAUAGACACUCCAUAUGUAAUUAAAUACCAGUUUAUGCAGACAUAUUGUUGCUUAACUAGAAAGUUCACUAAGGCACAAAGUUCCCUACACUUAAAAGAGUACUGGAGCCUUGCUUUAAUUUCCCCUGGUCUAAUCAUCUAACAGGCUCAGUACACUGAUUAGAAAGGCUGGCUCUGUUAUAGGAGUCAAACUGGACCCACUGUGGCUGGCUGUGGUAGAACAAAGGACCCCACGGAAAAUCCUGGACAAUGUUCUCACCCUCUGUAUGCCACCCUGGCUGAACAGAGGAGCACUUCUGUUAACAGACUAAAAGGACUACGCUGUUCCUCCAAAGACUGCAGUAAGAGAUCAUUCUUACCCUCGGCCAUUAGGCUUUAUUAUAAGUCGACCUAUAGCCAGGUAAGUGAUGACCCCUCCUGCAAGAUUGUGGUAACUUGUUUUUUAUUCUUUCUACUUCUCUCCUAAUAUUUAUAUGUGUGCACUUGUAAUGCUACUGUGACACUGUAAUUUCCUUCGGGAUCAAUAAAGUAUCUAUCUAUCUGAAA